GCUAUCAUGGGCAGGAAACCACAUGUGAUGCUCAUACCAUACCCAGCACAAGGCCAUGUUACUCCUCUCUUGAAGUUGGCUUACAACCUAGCUGAUCAUGGCGUCAAGGUCACAUUUGUGAAUACAGAGUCCAUACAUGCAAAACUCAUAUCUACAAUGCCUGAGAAAUCCACAGAGAAAAUCCGGAUAAGCCUAGUUUCAGUUCCUGAAGGGUUGGAAUCCAAUCUUGAUGAAAAAGAAAAAGAGAAUGCAUCAAGCUUUAUGCAAGGUCAUCUGCAGAAUUUGGUGGAAAGCGUAAACCUUUUAAACAAUGAUGACCAAGUAACUCUCGUCAUUGCUGAUAUAUCACUUGGAUGGGCACUGGAAGUAGCCCAGAAAAUGGGCAUCAAGCGAGCUGCAUUUGUACCUUACGGAGUUGGAAACUUGGCUAUGGCACUGCAUAGUCCUAUGCUUAUUGAGGCUGGAAUAAUAGACGUUCAUGGAAUCCCAAUGAAAGAUGAGUUUAUCCGGUUGUCAAAUGAAAUUCCAGCCUGGAAUACGAAGGAACUUGUAUGGAGCUUCCCAGGUGAUCAAGAGUUGCAGAAACUCAUUUUUGAACAUUUUAUUCGUAAGACAGUGCAAAAUGUUCAAAUUUCCAAUUGGCUUCUAGUCAAUUCAUUUUAUGAACUUGAGCAAUCUGCCUGUGAUUUGAUUCCUAACAUCUUACCCAUUGGUCCAUUGUUUGUGAGAGAUCAUUUGGAACCUUAUGCUGGAAAUUUUUGGCCCGAGGACUCAACUUGCUUGAGCUGGCUCGAUGAACAACCUCCAGGCUCAGUCAUCUAUGCUGCAUUUGGCAGUUCAACAAUCUGCAACAAAGAACAAUUUAACGAAUUGGCACUUGGUCUUGAGAUCUUAGGCCAACCAUUUUUAUGGGUUGUUAGAUCAGAUUUUACAAAUGGAAUGUCUGUGCAAUACCCUGAUGGAUUCAUAGAGAGAGUAAGAAAAUACGGGAAAAUAGUGGAAUGGGCUCCUCAAGAUAAGGUGUUGGCUCAUCCUUCUACUGCGUGUUUCUUUUCUCAUUGUGGAUGGAAUUCAACCAUGGAGGGCCUCAACAUGGGGGUGCCUUUUCUAUGUUGGCCAUACUGUGUAGAUCAAUUCCAUAACAGGACUUACAUUUGUGAAGCUUGGAAGGUUGGUCUAGAAUUGACCCCAGACGACACUGGGAUUGUUACUCGGCAUCAAAUCAAAUCAAAGCUACAGAAACUGCUUUCUGAUAAGGAUAUAGAAGCCAAUUCAUUAAAGCUGAAGGCACUUGCUAGAAACAGCACUGGCGAAGGUGGAUCUUCUUUCAAUAAUUUCAUAAGCUUUGUUGAACAAAUAAACCAAUAGUUUUUUGUUGUUAUCGUUUCAAAUAAAUAAAUUUUUAUGAUA